AUGGCACCAUCCGCUACCGAGACCAUUACCGUCCCUCAGCCCCAACUAAAGCUACACUCGACCCGGUCCGGCACUGGUGACUAUAAGCAACUACAAGCACAUAGUGUCGACAGGGACGCUGAGGAAGGCAGAAAAGAGGGCAUCAAGGCCGCCAAGUAUGCCAAUUACCUUCCCACGUGGGAUCCUAGCCAAAAGUAUCCUCCCCUAACACCAUUCGAACACUACGAGCACGGCAAGGAUGCCGACACCUCCUUCAAGGACCUCCUCCCCGCAGAUUCCAAGGUUGUCGACUUGACGCCAACCAUCGGCACAGAAGUCCGCGGUGUCCAGCUUUCCCAACUCUCGAGCGCGGGAAAGGACCAACUAGCCCGAUUUGUAGCCGAGCGCAAGGUCGUUGCCUUCCGUGGGCAGGACUUUGCUGGCCUGCCCAUUAAGGAUGCCUUGGAGUGGGGCGGGUAUUUCGGAAGGCAUCACAUUCAUCCAACAUCCGGGUCCCCCGCUGGAUAUCCCGAGGUCCAUCUCGUCCACAGAGCUGAGGGUGACAAGAGCCACGAGACAUUCUUCGAGACGCGGACGAGCUCUGUCGCCUGGCACUCAGAUGUCUCUUAUGAGGCUCAACCGCCGGGGACGACAUUUCUGUACAUCUUGGACAAGCCCGAGACGGGAGGUGACACGUUGUUCGUUGAUGCCGCAGAGGCAUACAAGCGGCUUAGCCCGCUGUUCCAGGAGCGACUGCAUGGGCUGCAAGCCGUGCAUUCUGGUAUUGAGCAGGUCAAUGCCGCCGUCGCGAGAGGGAGUAUAGUGAGAAGGGAGCCGGUGUAUCAUGCUCAUCCCAUUGUGAGAACGCAUCCAGCAACAGGUGAAAAGGCCAUUUAUGUCAACCCACAAUUCACGCGGGAGAUUGUCGGGUUGAAGAAGGAAGAGUCGGACGCGCUUCUGAAGUUCCUGUAUGACCACUUGGCAUACGGGGCUGACUUUCAAGCCAGAGUCAAGUGGGAGGAAGGCACGGUCGUUGUCUGGGACAACAGGGUGACUCAACACUCGGCGUUGGUGGACUGGAAGAACGGGCAGCGGAGACAUUUGGCCAGGAUCACCCCCCAGGCAGAACGUCCCUUCGAGACGCCCUUCAAGGCAUGA